AUGGAUACCGCAGCAUCUUAAAUCAUCUCUUAAGCUCAGAUUUAAUAGAUAUUAUAAAAUAAUCCUUACACAUAACAUUAAGAUUUUCGCUUUGCUAAUCUAGCUUCAUCUUCCUUUGUGGGCUCAUAAAAUGAACCUUAAUCUCCAGUUGUCGUAGGAAACGGAUUUAAUAGUUGUAAUAGCUUUGCUAAAGGAGGAACCGACCAAUUUAAAGCCUUCUCAAAUUUAGGUACUCCUCUUUUUAUCAACUAGUAAAAUGCCAAAGGAAAUUAAUUCUAAAAGACGGAUUCACUGAUCAGUAAAUCUAACUAAGAGACAUCUUAGAACUAAGGAUUUUAAUCCUCUACUAAUAGUAUUCCUUAAUUUAAUAUUGGUAGUGAUAACUAAAUACCGUCAAAUAACUAAGCAAAUAACCCCAGCAGUAUCAGCAACAAUGUAAAUAUUCCAAAUCAUAGCUCUGAAAAUCCUCGAAACGGAGCCUAAAACACCCUACUAUUUAAUAGUUCUCUUCCUACUUUUGAUACAAUUGACUCUUCAUAGAAUUUAAAUCCCUAAUUAAACUAAAAUUUAAGCAAUUAAUUCUAAUAAAAUUUAAAUUCAAUCAAUAUCAACUAACCAUUUAUUAAGUAGAGCACAUCAGGAACUAUAAAUGGAAAUGCUUUAAACUAACUUUAACAGUAGUAGUUGAUAAAUUUAUUAGCUCUGCAAGCUUAAUAGCCAUUAUAGCUCCCAGCUUAGUUAAAUAGUCUUAAUGGCUUAGCUAUUAAUAGUGGAAAAUAAAUUAUUCCUUCAGGAAUUGAUAAAUAUUAGUAAGAAAAUCUAAUAAACAUGUAAUUGCUUGCUAAAUAAGGAAAUCCUAAUUAAUUAAUUUAAAUUCUAAAUGCAUAGUAAAUUUAGUAAUAGCAAUAACAAUAGCAGCUGCUAUAAGCUUAAUUAUUAGCAAGUUAGCCAGACCUUCUGGCUCAUCAACAAAAUUUAUUGCUGCUCUUACAACAAUAAAUAAACAAUUAAAAUAAUUUUAAUUCCAUAAAUACUAACAAUAAUAUUAUUUAACCCUGCCUCGUAGAAGAAGAAGAGUCUGUAGAAGAAGAUGAGCUAUCAAAAGAAAUUCCUGUUAAAGACGAGCAUUUAAGUCAUCCAGAUGAAAAUGAAAUAAUUUAGUAAGAUAAUUCCAAAUUUCCAAAUUAAAUACCAUAAGGCAGCGGCAUAGGAUUAAUUACUGCUUUAUUAAAUGACAAAAACAGAAAUCCUAAUCGAUUUGUAAACACCCUAUAGAUUCCUUAAAUAAAUCAAUAAAUACCUUUCCCAUCUUUAUAGAAUAUGCGUCAUUCCAUAUCUGAAGCCCGUCAAAUUACAAAUGAUAUGAGUGCUGAAGAAAACGAGGAUGAUGAUUCAGAAAAUGGUGAUGGAGAAGGAGAAGAGAGCGAUAUUUAGAGAAUUCGUCGCACUCAUGAACAAUAGAAAAAUCUUUUAAAAAGUCUGAAUAAAGUAUAUUCUAUGUAAAUAAAUACACCAAGGACAAAAGACGGAGAAUUCUAAUCUCCUGCUACUCCUUAGGAAUAAAAAAAUGCAAAAUUUAUUAAUCCCCUUUGCCAAGAGUACUAAAAAAUUUUAUACGGAAACCAACCUUGCACUGAGGGAGAGAUUAAAAUAAGAUAAAACUUUUACAUUGCUGAAUAAAGAAAGCACUUAUUAAAUCUUCCCUUAGACUACAAAAGUAUAUUUUCAGAGAAUCUUAUUUGCCUCGUGGAAUCAAUUCAUAAAAAUUCUAUUAUUCGUAGGAAUCCUCACCUACUAUAUGGGUCUAUUUCAGCUACUGGUAGACCAUAGUCUAAUUCAUUUUCUUCUUAAGCAACAACUCGUAUCUUUGAAACUCCAGGAAUGCAACCAUAGCUAAAGAUCGAAGACCAUGCUUUCCCUAAUGAAUUUUCCCUCAACGGCGGAAGUAAUGGUGGCUUCACACUUAGAAAUAAGUUGAAAAAGGUAGAAUCAGACAACAACUAAAAUAAUAACAACAGUCUUUUGCUCUCCAACAACCAGAGCUAGUAAGAUGAUGACGUAUCGUCAGACUCUUUUGGUUAGAAUAUUGAUAUAAAUCAGAUGAGAGCCCGCCAAUUAUCUAACAUAAGCGGUUUUUCAGCAAAUGGUAAUUCACCAGUUUAAGUUCGUCAUCACAAGUAAUCUUUUACAACAAACUUCCCCAACACUCCAGUAUUGAAUUCUUCACCUUCACAGAGUGCAACAAAUGUUUAAGAAAGAACUCUAUUAAAUCUUUACUCCUCAAAUUAUACAAAGGACAAAGAUAGAAGUAGAUAGUUUGCAACAGCUAAAAAUACUUAAGGAAAUAGAUCUAGAGCAAACACAGAAACUUCAUUUGGAAAUCCCUAAUCUCCUACAGCAAAUAAUGCUUUAAGCCCAGGAGGUGUUUAAAAAAGGUCAAAAUAUCAUAACUUAACCAAAUUGUUUAUGUACUUUUUGCUUUCUCUGUUUUAGGCAGAGAAUAUGGAAAGACUUGGAGUACCUGAGCAUAUUUAAUAAGAGCUCAUAAAAUGUGUUUAAAAUGUAAAAAAAACUGCUAAAAAGAAAAUAAAAAAUAAAAACUUAUAAAAAACAGACUUUUUUAAUCAUACUCACUAUAAUGCUCUUUUCUUGCAUCUCAACAAAAACUCCUUGCGUGAACUUUAAAAGAAGGAAAAAGACAUUUAAGUUCAUAAGCAAUGUUAUGGAUUAGAUCUGACAGAUAUUGACAUCUAAAGGUUAGAAUAUGUAAAUAUCCUAAAGAAAUUUGCUUAUGAAAUAGUGACAAACACAUUAGAAGCACCUAAUGAAGCUGAAUGUGUUAAUAACCCUAGAAAUGAAUACAUGCUCAAAGCUCUGAGUGGUAUUCGUUAGCUUGCUUAAGGAAACGUGAUCUUCAGAUUUUAGCAAGUUUAUGGAACUUAAUCUCCAUCGGAUGACUGA